UUUUGACCCGCGCUUAGAAAACGCGGAUUUAUUUUUUGAAUUUAAUAAUUUUUAAUAUAAAUUUUUAUAUAAGAUAGUUUAUAAGUUUGGCCAUAUUAUUCGGAACCGAAUAAUCAACCCGUACCAAAUUGAAAAAAUGAAACUAAACUUGAACCAAAAUUUAUAAAUAACCGAACAUAUCAUGUAUAUCUAGAACCAAGAUAAAUAGAUACCUGAAUUUUUAAAAUACAAAUUAUAUACCUACAAAUAUUAAUUAUAUGUAAUUUCUAAAUAACCAAAUAUCUUAAAUAUACUAUUUAUAAGCUGAAUUAUCCAAUAAAAACAAAUUACUCAAACAUUUUUUUCAAAUAUUAAAAAAAUAUCUUAAUAAGUCCUCAACAUUCAGUCUAAUUUUCCACUAAAAGGAACCAAAACACCAAUAAGUGGUAUCCACAGUCAAACCAGUAAACGCAGUCACCAUAUAUAAUCUAGUUUCAGUUUAAUAAAAAUCUAUUAUUUAAAAUCCUUUAAAAUUUAAAACCCAUAUUAACUCAUGAAUCUAUACCAGAUGACAUGGUAAAUAUCUAAAAUAACAUGAUAAUAUUUUUCAAAAUUUGAUUAAAUUUCUCAUAUAAAUUUUACUAAGAUAUAAAAUUGAAUAAACUAUAUUUUUUUAUGUUAUACAUUCUAGUUUAUAGGUUUUAUAAUGACUAUAUUAAGAUUAAUUUUUGAGUUUUAGAAAUGAAAUUAUUAUUAAGUUGAGUAUAGUUGAUUUACCUAUAAAUGUUAAAAUAAAUAAUAUAUUUUAUUUAAACAUAAAAAACAUCCUAAAAAUGCUAUAAUUUGCUGAGAAAAUAUUUAUACAAAACCCUUUCUCAUAAUAAACCCAGUUGUAAAAGAUUUUUAUCACAAAAAUAACCUAAGAAGGUUUUCAAAGAAAAAACUAUAAUUUUGAAAUAUAAUUAAGCUUGUUGUUGUACUGUGAACUAUUUCUCUAAUCGUAAUUGGAAGUUAAUAUGUUUUGACCGUCGAAUGGUAUCAUGUUAGUUUGGGUCAUAAAACAUUUAAUAUGAAUUAAAAGCAUGGUAUUGUUCAGAAUUUAAUUACCAAUAAAUCCAAAUGUUUUUAUAGUAAUUGUUUUUGUUAAAGAAAAAUGAUCGUGGGUUGUAUGAUUAUUAAAUCAGUUAUAAAAUAAUCUGUUUCUUUUAAUAGGUUUAGUGGUACAAAAGUAAUAUUCCAAGGAAAAAUAGGGGUAAAAUAUAUCAAUGAUUCUGAAUUAAUAAUAUUGAUGUAUAAAUCUUUGGUGUAUUAUAGUAAGUUGAGUAUUAAAUAAGAGCAUUGGUUAUUUUAUAGUUAGAGAAAUAUAAGGUAAUUGAUUAGUGUAUAGUUAGAGAAAUAUAAGGUGAGACCAAAAAAAUAGUUAAGUUUAGUGAAUAGGUCCAACAACCUUUCAUAAGUAGAUUUUUUGGGACUCUUUCCCUUUUAAUAGUAUUGAUGAAAUUAUUAGCAUAACCUUGUACUUAUAUUGAUCUGCCGAUUUUCAAUUUCUGUUUUAAAAAUUCAUUUACUCCCUAAGUCCUUAAAUCCAUUUAUUGGAUUAUCAAAUACCAAGUACGAGUUUUGUAAUAGUAAUUAUUAUUUUUUGUUUUACAGUUUUUACUAUUUAAAGUCUUGUUAAUAUAAAAUAUUUACUGUCUAUUUUGUUAUUUUUGACAUCAAACUGGUUAUUGUUAUUUUGUUGAUAUUGUAGGAAAUAUUCCUGUUUCUAAUGCAUUCAAUGAUACUAUUACUAGGAUUCCUUUCAAUUCACAGCUACAUGAAAUGUUUGGUUUCAAAUCAAAAUUGGUUAAUAAUAAUUUGAUUGUUACGAUAGAAAAGAUUUAUAUCCACUAAAUAAAAAUAAGAAACAAAAAAAAAUUAAUACAUCAAUUGUCAACAUGUAUAUCAAAGUUAGAUACUCUAUAAUAUAAAUUGAAAAUUUGUAUGUAAUUUAUAAAUUUAUAUUUAAGUAAAAAAUCACAUUAAAACCAAAAUUCGGUAGACAUAUAUUGUUAAUCCGCACGACUGUCAUUUUAGUAUAUAAACAAUGAUAAUUUCGUAAGAAGUUAUGUGUUUUACCGAUUUUCAAAUAAAGCAAUAUCACACGUUAAAUCAAUACUAUUUUAAAAGUUUUACUCGAGAUAAAUAGUCUGAUAUUUUCAAAUACUGUACGGCGUUUUCUAACUAAUAAAAAACCAUGGUCCCUAAGUUCAUUUUUUUCUUUAAUAUAAGGAAGAGCUUUCUGGGGACAAUUCACCAAACUCAAAGAAGACGACAGAAUUAAUAAACGAAAACAGGCCUGCUUCUCGACUUCAGAGUUACAAGAAGAAAACAGAAAGAUGGUGCUUAGAAGCUCCAUCUCCAACACAAGAAAAUUCUUCCAAAAAACUAUCGACAACGUCAAAUCAUUUUUCUCCAACAAUGCUACCUAUCACAAACUACCUAAAACACCUAAUAACAUUUCCAUCAACGAUCAUCAUCAUCAAAACCCAAAUAACAUCAUAUCAUCAUCAUCGACAUCAUCCAUACAUAAGCAGUUACAGCCUAAAUCCAGAGACUAUGUGACCAAAAACAGAGUUCUGACUCAACCACCGAGAAGAGGAGACAGAGAUGAGACACUCUUUUCCAAACCAAAGGUUGAGCUUGUUCUCCUAAAGCUACAAGAGAUGGAGGCGAUAAUGAAUGCUGAUAUAAUAAAUGAUGAGGAACAUGUCUUAGAUGUUCGGGAGUUCCUUGAUUGCUACUCUCGUCUUCGUUGCGCUGCUUACAUCGAUGUGGUUGAGAAGUUUUUUAUGGAGGUCUACUCUGAUUUGUUUAGCCCUCAACCUCUCGAGCACAACUGAUGGAUAUUCUGAUAUGAUGAUUUGUCUUCUUUAUUUUAUUUUAUUUUAUUUUUUGCUUGUCAUUUUUUUUUUAACUUCAUGAUCUUAUUCCCUGUUGUGUGGCUGUAUUUUACUGGUUUUAUUUUUACUCUAUUUUAUGUUUCAUAUGACUUGUAAUAAUGAUAAAAACAAUUUGCUUAAAGUUGUUCGAGUUAUGAUCAUUCUAUAAGAUCAUAAUAAGGACUUAUGUUGGUUACUUUGGAUGGUUGCUUUGGCCUUUCUUUAUCUCGAUGGGGAACAGUACCAGUCUGUUACAGCAUUUAAAAGUAAAAUGGUGGGAAUGGGAUCACACGUUGGUUGAGGAGGGAAAAAUGGGGCUUGAUAUUAGCUCUGGCUGGGAGUUUCCACAUAUGUCUUUAUUCAUGGUGGUAUAUGUAAUCGAGAGGUGUACUUAAUGAGACAUAUUGACAUA